AUGAAAUUAUACCCAUUAUUAUUAUGUUCUUGUGCACUUACAUCUUUGAUACUGGGACUUGUGAUAGUGGAUAGUAUUGUGGCAACCUCAUGUAUAUAUUAUAUGAAGCAGUUCAAUUGGGGUUGCAACUCGACUGGGAAUAACGCAAAGCUGUAUACUUGUCGAUGUGGGAAUGAAGUCUGGUUAGAAUCCAUUUCUAAUUGUAUAUUCCAGGAAUCUAGUAAUGUUGGCCAAAGAGAUCAUGCAUUGUUGCAUGCAAGUAAGAGAUGCUACAAAAAAUCUAAACAAGAGAUUAAAAUUUCAUUGAAAGACUUUUAUAUCUAUCAUAAAAAUACGUCUUCUUUAUUGAGACUGGCUAACAAUUCAAAAGAUACAGUGGAUUUGGUUACAGUUCCACUUAAAUUAAAUGAAACUGACUUUCAAUUUUAUCGAAACAGUUUCAAAAAUGUGAGAGAUCAAGUUAAUAAAACCCAAUGGUUUGGCUGGGCGUUGAAUUUUUACUGGAUAUUUAUUAUGAUGAUUUCGGUAAUAUGGAGUAAUCGUCACAGUGUUCUAUUUCUCUUGUCUGAGAAACAAGUGAACAACAUGAAAAGUAUACUUAUCCAGGCUUCACUCUCAGCACUGAAAAAUUAUAACUCUCCCUACUAUUUUGCUGAUAUAUUUCCCAUGAUGAUUCCAACCAGAAUUGAAUUUUUGGCGAUCACAUGUUUUUGGAUACUUGUCAUUAUCUUUUCAAUAGUUGACUAUCAUAUGAUGAUACCGAACGCCUACAUGGGUGAUUCGAAGUUUUACUAUUUGUUGGACUUUAUUUCUUACCGUACAUGCAUCAUGUCAAUUUCUUUACUCCCUUCGAUGUACUUAAUGGGAAUCAGAAACAAUCCGUUGAAUAAUUUUGUGCAAUGGUCUAGAAAGACUUUUAUAACGUUUCACAAAACCAUUGCACUAGCUAUGACACUUUUGGCAUUUAUUCAUUCUUGCGUAUGGACUGCUUAUACUAUAAAAGAAGGAGAUUAUUCUACGUGGGCUAUUGAUGCUUACUGGAAAUGGGGAAUAUCCAGUAUGGUAUCUAUAUCUUUAAUACUAUUAUUCAGUAUAAAAUGGCUCCGUAUGGUAUUAUAUGACGUGUUUCUAUUUUUACACCAUUUCUUUUCCAUUGCCUUUAUCGUAUCAAUAUAUUACCAUAUUUAUACCUUAGGGUGGUUAAGUUGGUGCUAUUCAAUAAUAGCUAUUUAUAGUUGGGACAAGUUGAUCAGGUUGGUCAAGAUUUUUUUUUCAGGAAAGUUGAUUAAAAGAGCUGAAGUAGAAUACUUUGAUUCAUCAUUAAUAAAGCUCUCAAUUCCAGCAAAGAAAGUAGCGUUGCAACAUCAACCGGGUGAUUAUACUUUCUUGUAUUUUUUAAAACCCAACUUUUUCGCACGAGGUUGGCAAUCGCAUCCCUUUUCGGUUUAUCCAGAUCCCAACGAUUCCAAUAAAUUGUGUUGUAUAAUCAAAGUUAAAAGAGGCAUCACUAAAUCUGUAUACCACCACCUUUUGAGAGAAUCUAUGAAGAAAGAAAAAAGAUUAAAUAUCCCUAUUAUAAUGGAAGGAAAAUAUGGGUUGAAACCAAUUUUAGCAGAUCUGAAAAUUGAUAGUUCAAGAGAUUACGUCUUCGUCGCAGCAGGGUUGGGGAUUAGUAGCAUAUAUCCCUAUUUAUUGAAACUCCUAAAAAAUAUUUCCGAGAAUGACUAUCAAAAAAUUCGUCUAUUUUGGAUCGUUCAUAAUAUUGACGUUUUAUCAUGGUUCAAGAAAGAGAUAAGACACUUGACUGAGUACUUUGGGCUUACAAAUGAAAAGCAACAGUUCAAGAUAGAGAUAAUAAUUACCAAUAAAAGUAAAUACUAUUUACCACAUUGUCAUAACGAAAAACAUAAUGAUUUACCAAUAUCAUCUAGCUCGGAUUGCUGCCUUCAAAGCUCUGACGCUUUAUCUAGUGAUGACUCAGAUCAUUACAACAUCAACAUGUCUGAGUUUGGAUUGGUUGAAAACAGUUCCUUUAAAAUUUCCUGUUUACCUGUGGCCACCAGGCCAUGCUUACGCAAGCUAAUUAAAAUGAAUCAAAUUCGAAGAUCAACCUAUUUCAUCUGCUGUGGUCCAUCUGUCUUUAGUGAUAAUAUAAGAAGUGCUGUCAAUCAAUAUAGAUUAGAAUCUCAUAGUGAUCAUGAAAUAAAUUAUUACGAAGAGUGCUUUGAGUUAUAG